GAGCUCGUGUGCGGCGGCAGCAGCACCGAGACGUUUGGCGCGAUGUCUCACACCAUUUUGCUGGUACAGCCUACCAAGAGGCCAGAAGGCAGAACUUAUGCUGACUAUGAAUCUGUGAAUGAAUGCAUGGAAGGUGUUUGUAAAAUGUAUGAAGAACAUCUGAAGAGAAUGAAUCCCAACAGCCCCUCCAUCACAUAUGAUAUCAGCCAGUUGUUUGAUUUUAUCGAUGAUCUGGCAGAUCUCAGCUGCCUUGUUUACCGAGCUGAUACCCAGACAUACCAGCCCUAUAACAAAGACUGGAUCAAAGAAAAGAUCUACGUGCUCCUUCGUCGGCAGGCCCAACAGGCUGGGAAAUAAUUGAGUUGGAAGCAUUAGGGCACAGGGGGUGGGCUUGGAACACAGGUGUGUACAGUGUGCUAUAGUGGGAGUUUGUAUUACAGUGAUGCUGUUUCCAUUUUGUUACACUCUAGCCAAGAUCGAAUGUAUUAGAUGAAAUGUGGGGAUCUUUUCAAUUGAAAGCCCUCAUUGUAUCUUUUUCUUUUCUUUUUUUUUUAUUUAAACAUUUUUAUGAUGAUUUAGAUAGGGAAGUUGUUCAUUGACAGUUAAUG